CUAAAUUACACUCUAAUAAAAAUAUUAUAUUCUUAUAAAUAUUUUAUACAUUAAAAUGAUUAAGAAAUUUAUUUUAUUUAUGUUAAUUAUUAUUUGGUAUUUGUCUAAAGCCUUAACAGUGUCAAGCCAUCAGACAAACAUCAGUGAAAAUUUUAAAGAUUAUAUUAUUAAAUCUUUAAGUCACAUUUGUAAACAAUCUGGAUGGAACGCACUGGGGCACAUACAAUUUCAAAAACGUGAUUACACAAUUAAUAAUUAUUGUAUAAUAAAAGACUCUGUGAAUGAUAAUAAUUAUUUAGAAAAACUCGAAUGCAUAAUUAAUAUAUUAAAUUGUGAAUACACUAUUGUCAUGGAAAAUUUUAAUGUAAUGUUAGGAAUGGUUUUGGAUAAAUGUCGAGCGGAAAAAAUAAAAAGUAACAUGAAACAAUUUGAAUAUUGUAUAAAAGGAAUAUUCGAUAUUUUUAAGAAUUUGAUAAAGAUAUUUUCAAAUUUUUUAAAUGCUGCAAAGUACAUUAACCAAAUAGAUUUAAGAAUAAUAAACUUAUCUUUAAGCAAUUCAAAAUGUAUCGAAAAUGAAAUUCAAUUGUUUUGCAGUCAUUUAUCUAAGGUUGUUGAACAAUAUGUUAAUUUUGUCCAAUUAAAAGACAUCUAUUUUUUAAAUAUUUUUGGACAAAUGAUGAAUUUUCACAAUAAUGUUAAACAAAUUAUAUUUUAUCUUUACAAGAUUAGAAAAGUUUGUGGUUCACAUUAUGAAAGUCUAAUUUCAACUAAUUUACUAACUGUAUAUAAUAUAGAACAAAUGGAUAAAUUAGUAGACGAUUCCAACGAUUAUGUCAAAAAUAUUUAUAAUGACCUGAGUACAUACUUAGCUGUAAUAUCUGAAAAUCAUUUUUCAAGUCUUGGAUUUGAACAACUCCUAGGAACUAAUACAUUCAAGUUUAAACAUUAUACAAGGAACGCAUAUAACACUAAUGAUGGUAUAAAUAUAAUUAAAACUUUAAUGUCUCAUGAUGGCUGGAAAUUUUGGAAACAUAUAGCUAUAAAACAUAAAAUGACUAAUUGUAAAAAAAAACAUUUUAACGAGUUAAUUGUUCCAGUAAAUUUAGAAAAUUAUAAACUCAUACGAGCUUGUACUACACAAAUUUUAAGGUGUCGAUAUAUUGAAAUAUUUGAAUACUUUAAUAAUAUGUUGAAUAGACUAAUAACAUUUUGUCAAUUUAACAAUAAAAAUAGCUGUGCAAUAACAAUUUUUAAUAUUAUACUAAAAUCUGAUGAAAUGUUUAAAAAUAUGCUGUUUGCUUUGAAAACACUAAGAUAUAUGGCAAUUCGUCACUUAAAACACAAUGCCUCAUCAUGUAUAGAGUUACAAAUAGAAUUUUUUCGAGAUUUUAUUUUUGACAUGAGAAGAAAAUAUCAAUCCUCAAGUGAAUUCGUUAGCCAAGAAUAUAAUUAUUAUGAAGCAACAGAAUUUCUCAAUGACAUAAGAAUAUUUACACAAAAAGAAUUAUCAAUUAAAAUAAUGGGUACAUUGCGUUAUUCUAAGACGUAUUGUGAAUUUGAAAGAUAUUCUGAUUUGUAUGAUUUUAUGAAAAUGAUUGAAAAAUUAAUCAACAUUGAUACUGAUUGCAUAUCUGAUUGCUUUAAUAAUUAUCAAGCCAUAAUUGAAAUUUUCAGUGAGUUUAUGGAGAAAAUUAAUAAAGAAAAUUAUAAGAAUUUAGGUUUUAAUAAAAUACCUAAACAAUAAUCUCAUUUUUUUUAAUUGUUUUAAAUAGUUUAUCAAAAUAUUUUCAUUUAUCUAUUACUUUUUAAAAUAAAUGAAUUGACUAAUUAUUAUUUUAUGAUUAAUUUAAAAUAUUUAAAUGACACAACAAACUUGUUAAAUUAUUGGAAUAUCCAAAAGUGUUGACUCUAAUAUAUAUUUUUAUUACAAAAUCUGAAUCUAUAAAUACAAGGCCGUAGCUGGAACAAAUUUUCGGGGGGGUUUUAACCAAAUUAUAUGUUUUUAAAUAAUUUAAAUACUAAUACAUAACA